AUGUACGGAUACACAGCGGGCACGCCUUGCCCAGCGCCCUGUUCCUCUGCAAACAGCUACUACCCCAGCUACGGAAACCAAUACGCGCCAAGCUACCUCGACGACAACACAACAGCAAAUCUCGAAUACACAACCGAGCUGAAGGCCGCGCCCCGCCAGGCGAAACCGCGACGACCGCUGCGUACUAUGCACAAAGCUGCCUUCAACCCGUCGCUAGACAUCUUUGAGGAUGUCGCGCAAGAGGAGCAGCAGCAUGCAGACUUUGAGAUGAAGAAGAGAAGCCGCGCGAGCAUUGUCCCCGCCGCCACACGAGCGAAGAAGAGUGCAAUCCUUGCGCAUCCAGCACAGAAGAUGCCGAAGCCUGCGCCACCAAUGCCAGACCCACAGCACGAGAGAGCACACCGACGACGCAUUUCGCAAACACCAGCCGACAAGCAUGCAAAAGACGUGAAUGCGACAGUGCAGUUACAAGAGGAGGUACUGGAGAGGAAGGAACUCAAGAAGCAGGCCCCCAAGAAAGACUUGCGACGACGCACAAUCUACAUUCCGUCCGAUGACACAUCGGUCUUCACCAUUCACCCGGGACAGCCUACACACGCGUCGCGCAAUGCCAGAGACGUCUCACCGGACAUUGGACUGGAUCUUGUGACAUUAUCCGAGGAAGAAGGAAAUAAUCUGCUGCCAGCGUUGAAGAAAGAGAAGAAGGUACCACGCAAGGCGCUCGCUGCGCCGCCAAAGCGCGGGCCGCUGAGUACGACUUCUCGAUCAACACAGAGCGUAUCCUUUUCAAGCGACAUGAUAGGCUCGGGAGGCGGGAAGGAGAAUGUACCACCGGGCCUCAAGGUCAUCGAAACCAAGGGCAAGGGCAUACACAUCGAUAUCAACUUCACUAAGCCAGAGGUGAAGAAGCCAGGAGUAAAGCCCCCCAAGGUUCAUUUCAACGCAUUCCAAGAGCCUGAACGGACACUACAAACCAAGAAACGGGCAGAGAGUAUGCAGAAGCGGCCACGAGCCCAAGUAGACCGCGACGAUGCGCCAGCCAAGGCACUCAAGUCAAAGGCUGACGCCACAGCAUCUGCUACGAACAGUAGGGCAUCUUUGAGGACGACCAUCAAGACGGAACGAGCGAAGCUAGCCAGAGCAAAUCGCGCGCCGCUCUCUUCUUCACCAUUCCACACGGACAGGUCCCCUCCUACCGCACUGCGUCGUCACAAGACUAGAAGCGUUGCUAGCAAUAUCACCAUGCUACACGAAGUCGGCCAGCCACCACAGUCACGCGAGAAGUACCCUGUACUACAUGAGGAUUUGGCCCAGCCAGAGUUAUACGAGGAUAAUUGGCUGACCUACCAAGAGUUAGCUAUUACACAGCUCCUGAACUCUGUGUUCGACUCGGCAAGCAAGGACCCAAACGCCGAGCAGAGCCCAGAAGAUUUGCGCAAAAAGAUGAUUGCCAUCUACCAUGAUCCGACCAUGCCCCCUCUGCACAAGCGUCUUCAGGCGUCUUUGCAGUUUGGCGCAUUAAGCAUUCCGAAGGAUCUACUGGCUCAGGCAUUACGGCUCAAGGACGAUGUAGGUCUGCGCAAGAAAUACCUCAAUCUUUGGACCAAGACAUACGACUUGACUGCGCUGCGAGCCGCAGCUGAGACGAUUGUAGGUCGUCAGAUCACCACCCCCUGCCGGCUGUCAACGGGAUCCACCUGUUCAGAUGACGGUUCUCGCCAAUAUCGUAGUGAACGCCGCGCGAUUGAGAGUUUCUUGUCUGCCUUUUUGAUCAAAAACGAAGAUGCUGUGCGUGUCAAGUCGGGAGGCGGUAGCAUUGCCAGUCUCACACGCGGCGACGACGAGUUUGGCUCUCCAGGCUGGUCAUGGCGCCGCACUGCACUACGGAGUCUAAUGCUCGUUCUGAUUCUUGAUCAAGCGAAGACGACAGAUGCCCUACCAGGAUGCCUUUUCCAGACUACCUCACCCUACAAGACGUCUGUUGAGGUUCUCCAUCAACUAUCGAAAAUGCUACUUCCUUCACAUGGUGAUAUCACUCGACCGCUCCAUCAUCUCAACUACAGGGUCGAGCAUGCACAGUACCCGCUUGAGGAGUACACAUAUCAGAUUGACAACAUUGCCACUGAUCUCCGCGAUGGCAUCGUUCUAACCCGCCUUGUAGAAUUGCUACUCUAUCCCUCUACAAUACAAAAAGAACAUGUCUUCACACUCGCCCUGCCCACUGGCGAAGUACUUAGCUGCUCAUCCGAUGCCUCGCACAAGGAAACCUGGUUUCUCUCACAACACCUCAAAUACCCAACCAUCGGCCGACCCCAGAAGAUUUACAACAUUCAAAUCGCCUUGGCAGCUCUGAAAGCUGUCCCAGCUAUGCCAAGCGCAGCACUCGUUGGUAUUCGAGCUGAAGACAUCGUCGACGGACAUCGCGAAAAGACGCUGUCGCUCCUCUGGUCCCUCGUUGGCAAAUGCGGCCUUGGGGCUUUGGUGGACUGGCCACAGCUUGUUAAGGAGACGGAGCGGUUUCGCACCCAAUGGUACAAUACACGAGACAGCCUUGCCGGGCGAGCCUUUGACUCCGAGAGUGAAGAAGAUACGGCACACGAUCUCGACACAAUGACGUACCACAAGCGCCUUCUCCUCUCUUGGUCCCGCUCGAUUGGCCGUCUUCACGGUCUGCGUGUAUCCAACCUGACAACAAGUUUCGCAGACCCAAAAGUUCUCGAGGUCAUCGUCGAUACAUAUCUGCCCUCUAACCUCACAACCGCAUCGGCGGAGAGCAGUGGACAAACGGGUCUUGCGACUAAGCUAAAAGCCAUCGGAUGUUCAACAUCCUUCAUCGCGCUCUUUACGCCUCAACACAGCUCCGCUCGCUCGAUUCCUAGCCGCGACUUUACACUCCUUACGCUUACCUUUUUGGCAUCGCGUCUCUUGCCACUUGCACGCACACAUCGCGCCGCAUCGACUAUUCAAGCUGCAUUCCGCCGUUUCCGCCUCCGCCGCCAGACUCGCAAUCGCAUUGCUCUUCUCAAAAUUUCACAUGAAUGUGCGGUUGUAGCACAGGCGAGGCAGCGCCUGGUGGAUGCGGCGACCGUUGUACAGCGUCUGUGGAAGGCGAUUCAGGAGCAGAGACGCACGCAGUUGGAGAGCGAUGUCUUGGCCUUCCAGGCACUGGCUAGGGGAUGGGCGAUUCGGAGGUGGGUGAGACGGAUUACGGCUGGGAGGGUUGGUGGUAAGGAGAAGGUUAGGAGGGUAAGGGGUGGCUGGUAG